GUUUGACAAAGACAAAUGCAAUCAUAAUUUCGUGAUGUCAAGCCGUUCACGUAAAUAAUUAUAGUUUACUAAAAAUGAAAUAAAAUUACAGUGCAGCAGCAUUCUAUUUAUCAAAAUCAACCAAUUUACUAAACAGACAUGUUGUGUUAUACAAAUUACCUAGGCAAAUCGUCAUUAUGGGUUCCAAAUUGUAUGAGAUCUAUGCUUCUUCCUCACAUUAUACAAGGCACCAAAUCAAGAGAUGUUUUUAUUAGGUAUUAUGCGAAAAAAUAUAGUGCUGACGAUGGAUGCGCUAAAGCAAUAAAAGACCUGCCACCAAAAGAAGAUCCAGAGGAUCCAUGUCCACCUUGUGAUAAAAAAAAGAAAGAAAAAGGAAUUUUACACAAAAUUAAGCUGAAAGUUCUGGAAGGAGGCUCAAAUUUCGGAACACCAUUUCGUUUACUUCGAUGUCCUCCUGAAAAAUCAGCCGAGGAAGAAAAAAAGAUUCCUCUCUUACCUGCACCCAAAAAAAAGUUAAAACCACCAUGCCCGGAAAAAGAGUGCAAGCCCGGGGUUCAAGUGUCAAUCCUAGGUGCUGACACAGCCAUUGGACAGUACAUUGCAUUCUUACUGAAACAGUGUCCUGCAAUAAAAAGUCUCCGUCUCUACGAAGCCACAGACAACAGCAGCAGCGGGUCCCGGGAGCUGAGGCGGGUGGUGCAAGACCUGCAGACCAUAGACACCAACUGCUCCGUGCAGGGGUACAGCUACGCCUGCUUCCAGCACCUCGAGAGUUGCUUGCAGAACACAGAUAUAGUGCUGAUGCUGGAGAGUGGCGACAUGACUCCGGAGCUGGCUAUUGAGCAGCGGUUCCUGUGCCAGGCUCCGACGGUGAAGAGAUAUGCUGACGUCAUCGCGGCGCAGUGUCCGUCAGCCUUCGUCAUAGUCUGUGCUUCCCCGAUCGAUUGCAUGGUGCCCCUAGUUGCAGAGACUCUAAAAGAGACCAACUGGUAUGACCCCCGGAAGCUGCUUGGCUCUCUGGCGGUGCCAGAGAUGAGAGCCAGCAGCAUCGCGGCGCGGGCUCUCAGCCUAGAGCCCAAAUACAUCAGAGUGCCCUGCGUGGGGGGCACCGAAGGAGAAUCUCUAGUUCCCCUUUUUUCCAAGGCGGUUGAAUAUUUUGACUUUUCAGAGCGCAACGCCCAAAUGCUAACUGACGCGGUUCGCGCGUCGUCUCGUCCCACUAACCCCGACUGCUGCGCCCGCGCCGCGGACCUGAGCGAGGCGCACGCGGUCGCCGGGCUGGUGCUCAAGGUGGCGCACGCUCUGCUCUGCAACGACGUCUCCAAGGUCACGGGGUUCGUCGAGGCGGACCCCUCGCAAGUCAUCUCUCCUUGCCGCUUUCGAGCCGUGAGCGUGCUGCUCAACUCUUCUGGAGUAUUCCUCAAAUCAGAGUUCCCAAGAAUGUCUUCCAUGGAGAUGGACCAGUUGGCUCUGGCCCUCGACAAGCUCACACAGAACGUGGAGAUGACACUUUCCUGGUACAACGGGCAUCUGGCCCACACGCACUCCAAGGGACAACAAGGGACCAGGCUUAGCUGGUUCCAAGUCAAACAUUACGACCGACUAUACAACUGCAUGAAUACUUUAACAUGAAUUUAAAUAUUUAGGUGCUAUUCUGCAAGUUUAUGUGAAUUUUUGAAAUGGUUAAGUGAAUUGUAAAGAUGAAUAAAAAUAUGAUGCUGUCUGCAAAACAAAAAAAGCGUAAAAUGUGUAACUGUAAUAAAACCAAAUAUUUAUACA